UUCACGGUUUCCGGCUUGAUGCUUUCGGCGGUCCCGUUAGCGCUCCGUUCUCGGGUCGCCGUUUUUCACGGUUUUAGGGCUGCUGGUGACCGGUGCCCGAGCAGGAGCGCCGGUGCGGGCGGGUGUGGACGGUCGCGGGUAGAUGUGCGCAGUAAUCUGCGGAUCGGCGCAGACGGCGGAGGAUUUGCUGUGAUUUAAAUCUGUGCCUGACGGACGGAGGCCGGGAGGAGCCGCUAACGGUGACCCGAUCCGGUCUGUCUGCUGCGGGUCAGAAUUAAAACGCCCACAAACAGCUCGAAGUUACAUUUCCGGGAGUGUCUCUGAGGUCGGACAUGGAAGCUGGAAACGUCAGGGUUUAGACCGCCGCCUUUUAUUUAGUUAAAACACAUAAACUCACUGUUAAAUUUUCAUCAGCUGAAUUUGGUCUUUAUGAUUUUGAAAUUCUGUGAUUUUGUCUCAGGUCGUCUGAAUUUAGCAAACAUUGAUUUUAUCUCAGCAGCACUCAGUUUAUUCACAGUCGUUCAGGUUUCCAUCAUCAUAAAAUCCACCUGAGCCAGUCUUCAGGUGAGCAGUUGUGUUCAGGUGUCGGUCAGAGGUUUCUGGCCCCGGCGCUGACUCCACUCGGGAUUUUUACUGUGAAAAGCGCAGAAGAAGACCCUUACAACCUUCCUGCUGACACAUUAGUGAGCGGUGCCAAAGCUGCCUCUGGAAUCAUGGGAAGUGUAGGCAAAGAGACUACAGGGAUGGACGGCAGUUCCUGGCAGCGUUAGCGGCUCCAGCAGAUACAUUUCUCUGAGACGGUUUUUCUGUGGAUGUUUGAGUUUGUGGGUUUAAGCAGACAUGUCAGAUAAAACAGCGCCGCGCUGCCAGCUGAGGCUGGAGUGGAUCCACGGGUACCGGGGCCACCAGUGCCGAAACAACCUGUACUACACAGCUGGGAAAGAUGUGGUGUACUUCGUGGCCGGGGUGGGCGUGGUCUUCAACACCAGAGAGCACACACAGAAGUUCUACCUGGGACACAACGAUGACAUUAUCAGUCUGGCCAUGCAUCCUGAUAAGAUCCAGGUGGCAACAGGUCAGGUGGGGAAGGACCCGUACAUCUGUAUCUGGGACACGUACGCCAUGCAGACGGUGUCCAUCCUGCGGGACGUGCACACCCACGGAGUGGCCUGUCUCGCCUUCGAUGCUGAUGGACAGCGACUGGCCUCAGUCGGCCUGGAUGCCAAGAACACGGUGUGCGUCUGGGACUGGAGAAGAGGACGUGUCCUCGCCACGGCCACCGGACACUUGGACAGAAUCUUCGACGUGUGCUGGGAUCCGUUCCAGGCCGGCCGGCUGGUCAGCUGCGGAGUCAAGCACAUCAAGUUUUGGACUCUGUGUGGGAACGCUCUGACUCCGAAGCGAGGGAUUUUUGGGAAAACGGGCGACCUGCAGACCAUCCUGUGCGUCUCUGCGGCCAAAGACGAGCUCACAUACUCCGGCGCUCUGAACGGGGACGUUUACGUGUGGCGAGGACUCACGCUGAUGAGGACCGUACAGGCUGCACACGGGGCGGGGAUCUUCAGCAUGCACGCCUGUGAGGAAGGAUUCGCCACCGGAGGGCGAGACGGCUGCAUCAGACUGUGGGAUGUGGACUUCAAACCCAUCACAAAGAUCGACCUGAGGGAGGCGGAGCAGGGCUACAAAGGUCUGUCGAUCCGCAGCGUGUGCUGGAAGGCCGACCGCAUCCUGGCCGGGACUCAGGACAGUGAAAUCUUCGAGGUGAUGGUCCGAGACCGGGACAAACCAGUUCUACUGAUGCAGGGUCACAGCGAGGGCGAGCUGUGGGCGCUGGACAUGCACCCCAAACAGCCCGUCGCCGUCACCGGGAGUGACGACCGCUCCGUGAGGCUCUGGAGCCUUCCUGACCACACUCUGCUGGCUCGCUGCAACAUGGAGGAGUCCGUUCGAAGCGUUUCUUUCAACAAUGACGGUUCUCAGCUCGCUCUGGGCAUGAAGGAUGGCUCGUUUACGGUGCUGCGUGUCAGGGACAUGACAGAGGUUGUGCACAUCAAGGACAGGAAGGAAGUGAUCCACGAGCUGAAGUUUUCUCCGGAUGGUUCUUUCCUGGCGGUCGGGUCCAAUGACGGGAUGGUGGACGUGUAUGCCGUCGCACAGCGCUACAAGAAGGUAGGCGAGUGCAGCCGCUCCGCCUCCUUCAUCACCCACCUGGACUGGUCGGUCGACAGCCGCUUCCUGCAGACCAAUGACGGUGCCGGGGAGCGGCUCUUCUACAGGAUGCCAGCGGGAAAGCUGGUUCCUAAAGAGGAGGCGAAAGGGAUUCACUGGAUGACGUGGACCGGUGUUGUCGGGCCGGAGGUGAACGGCAUCUGGAUCAAAUACUCCAACGUCACCAACGUAAACUCCGUGGACGCCAACUACAGCAGCGCUGUGCUGGUGGCUGGCGAUGACCUUGGCCUCGUCAAGCUCUUCAGGUUCCCCUGCCUGAAGAAAGGGGCCAAAUUUAAGAAGUACAUUGGUCACUCUGCCCAUGUGACCAACGUUCGCUGGUCCAGCGAUCUGCAGUGGGUCAUCAGCACCGGUGGUGCCGACCACGCCGUCUUCCAGUGGAGGUUCCUGCCCGAAGGUGUGAUGAACGGUGUUCUGGAGCCCCUCCUACAAGAGGGUUACGCCGACUCCAACAGCGGCGAGUCGGACUCAGACGUGUCAGAUGUGCCGGAGCUCGACUCGGACAUCGAACAGGAAGCUCAGACCAGCUACGAACGUCAGGUGUAUAAGGAGGACCUGCCACAACUCAAGAAGAAGCUGAUUGGUUCCCUGAAGCGGCAAAAAGCUCCAGAGGAGGGGCUUCGUCUGCAGUUUGUUCACGGGUACCGGGGCUUCGACUGCCGUAACAACCUGUUCUACAGUCAGGCGGGAGAGGUGGUGUACCACGUGGCCGCCGUCGCUGUCGUCUACAACCGGCUGCAGCACAGCCAGAGGUUUUACCUCGGGCACGACGAUGACAUCCUCAGCCUCGCCGUCCACCCGCUCAAAGACUACGUGGCCUCGGCACAGGUGGGCAGAGACCCAGCCAUACAUGUGUGGGACAUCCAGACCCUGAAGUGUCUGUCGCUGCUCAAAGGACACCACAGCAGGGGCGUGUGUGCUCUGGAGUUCACAGCCGAUGGGAAGAGUUUGAUCUCAGUGGGAUUCGAUGAAUUUCACUCCAUCAUCAUCUGGGACUGGAAGAAAGGAGAAAGACUAGCCAAGGCCAGGGGUCAUAAAGACAAGAUCUUCGUGGUGAAGAGCAAUCCUUUCAGGAUGGACAAACUGGUGACCGUGGGCAUGAAACACAUCAAGUUCUGGCAACAUUCAGGUAGGCGUCGUUUCCUCUUUACCUGGAACUCACCUGACACGCUCAGCUCAACGAGUUGUGUGGUUUCUACGGUUUGGUCUCUCCUUGCAGGCCUCGCCCCAUCCAUCCACGUGUGGGACGCCAUGACCAAGCAGACACUGUCCAUCCUGCGGUGUUCGCACGCUAAAGGCGUUGGCUACGUUAACUUCAGCGCUACAGGGAAGCUGCUGCUGUCUGUGGGGGUGGAGCCUGAACACACCAUCACAGUGUGGAGGUGGCAGGAAGGCACCAAGGUGACGAGUAAGGGCGGCCACACUGAGCGGAUCUUCGUGGUGGAGUUCCGGCCGGACUCUGACACCCAGUUCGUGUCGGUGGGAAUCAAACACAUCAAGUUCUGGACUCUGGUUGGAGGUUCGCUCAUGUACAAGAAAGGUGUGAUCGGCUCAGUGGAGGACGGCCGCAUGCAGACCAUGUUGUCUGUUGCGUUCGGCGCCAACAACCUGACAUUCACUGGCGCCAUCAACGGAGACGUGUACGUGUGGCGGGAGCAUUUCCUGGUGCGCGUGGUGGCAAAGGCGCACAGCGGUCCCGUCUUCACCAUGUACACCACUCUGAGGGACGGCCUUAUUGUUACUGGGGGGAAGGAGCGACCGACCAAAGAGGGUGGUGCUGUGAAGCUUUGGGACCAGGAGAUGAAGCGCUGCCGAGCUUUUCAGCUGGAGACCGGCCAACCGGUGGAGAGCGUCCGAUCUGUCUGCAGAGGAAAGGGUAAAAUCCUGGUGGGAACCAAGGAUGGGGAGAUCAUAGAGGUUGGAGAAAAGAACGCUGCCUCCAACACCAUGAUCAACGGACACACUCAGGGAGGGAUCUGGGGUUUGACAAGUCACCCUUUCAAAGACGUCUUCAUCUCCGCCAGCGAUGACGGGACCAUCCGAAUAUGGGACCUGGCUGAUAAGAAACUCCUGAACAAGGUGAGUUUGGGCCAUCCUGCCAAGUGCACGUCCUACAGUCCCAACGGAGAAAUGGUUUCCAUUGGCAUGGAGAACGGGGAGUUCAUCGUCCUGCUGGUCAACUCGCUCACCGUCUGGGGCAAGAAGAGAGACCGCAGCGUGGCCAUCCAGGAUAUUCGGUUCAGUCCAGAUAACCGGUUCUUGGCGGUGGGCUCAGUUGAAAGCACUGUGGAUUUCUACGACCUCUCUCUCGGGCCAUCGCUUAAUCGGAUUGGUUACUGCAAGGACAUUCCCGGGUGUGUCAUCCAGAUCGACUUCUCUGCUGACAGCAGACACAUCCAGGUGUCCACAAGCACCUACACCCGGCAGGUGCACGAAGUUCCCUCAGGGAAGGUGAUCACGGAUCAGCCCAUCCUAGACAGGAUCACCUGGGCAACCUGGACCAGGUGA